GUAGCUGCCACUAAUAUGAAUCUAGCAAGUAGCCGUUCUCAUAGUGUGUUUACAUGCAUCAUUGAAAGUAAGUGGGAAUCCCAAGGGGUAACUCGUCACCUGUUCGCUCGACUUAAUCUUGUAGAUUUAGCAGGUUCUGAAAGGCAGAAGAGUUCUAGUGCUAAAGGUGAACGUUUGAAGGAAGCUACUAAUAUCAAGUCUCUUUCAACAAUAGGGUUUGUUCUCCCUCCUUUUCUUGUCUUGAGCCUCAUUUUGCUUCCCUCUUCAACAUGAUUUUUCUUGGUUUAAUUAUGUUAACUAAUUUGGAAACAUUUACAUCGGAUCAGGAGGAGAUUGGUAGAUAAUAAUAUAAAGUGUCUUUCUUGCUAUGUGGCAAAGAGGCAACCUCUAAAAUUUU